AUGAGCUUCGAAUCGCUGGCAGAGUCCUUGGGCCAACUUGGCGACAAGUUUGGAGAUCUACAUAAGCAAAUGGAGGAUCUGAACGACGUGAACGACUCCCUGAUCCGAUUCAACAAGGCAUUUGGGGCUUUUCUAUUUGGCAUGCAAGCAACGUCCACAUCGCUCGAAUGGCCUGAAGCACCCGUAAAGUCUUCGUUCCAACUUGUUCAACAACCAGCCCAAUCUUCAUCAUCAAAGAUACCUCGAUUCCAGCAACGAGCACAGAAACAAACAACAUCAGGCACCAAGUUCCUUGUCAAGAUCAAUCCAAGCGUGAUCAUUCAACAUCUUCCAUUAAAGUUCCGAGAGCAAACAGAACAUACUCGCAACAUGCAGAAUGUCAUCAAGGCCCUCGCCAAACACCCUGAUGGCGUGAACAUGCCAACUAUGGUCAAGGAGACAAAAUUACCCAAGCACAAGGUCACUGAGUGCCUGAAUGCUCUUUUACACAGCAAGGAUGUUAUCAAGCAAAGCCAACGGAAUCAACUUUCUCUUUACCGACUUGAGCCAUCGCGAUAUCCAACAACAUCAUAG